GGACCGCCCGCGUGCGGUCUGCUGGACUGCAGGCGUUCCUUUCUGUUGCCAUAACAACGCGUACACUGCAGCUUCCCACCGGUCCAAAGCUUGCCGCGUUUCGAUUGCUACAUUGAUCCUCAAAUUGGGGGGAAACUGAACGUUCAUAAUUCUGCUGGUCCUUUCUAGUCUGAUUCUGCUUUUCCCAGUAAGGUGGCGGUUUAUCUCUAAAGAAACACUGAGAAAGACUCCAAUGGAACAAAGCCAGAUUCUAAAAGAAUGUGUAAAACAAGAAGAGGUGGAUGAAACAGCAAACCCUCAACUCAGCAAAGUUGGAGCUUUGGAGCCGCCAGCUCUGGGACAUGAGGAAGAACCGGUUCUUGCAGAUUGUGCUGGAGUGGAGUUUGUGGUGGUGAAGAAUGAGCAUUCCUACAAGCAGAAGGCUUUUCUUGGUGGAUACCGCCACCAGUUGACAGGAACCGAGUACCACCAUGCUGCUGUCCAAACCCUCCCCCGCAAAAAACCUGACAGAGGCAUGACUGUCUUUAGUCGGGACUCACAGACGGUUCGAUUGAAAUCUCACAACCAGCAGUGUCUAGUCAACACUUCCACCCAGAUGGCUGGUAUCGGCUGUUAUGUCUCAUGUAUGAAAGACAAGCUGGUCACUCCUGGGAAAUACAUCACUGCUGAUGAAUGGCAUGACAGAAAGCUGAGGGCCGUCAUCUUUUUGCAAUCACUUGCUCGUCGUUGGCUAGCCCAAAAAGCAGUGGACCAGCUGAGAAAUGAACAAAGCCGGCAGUUGGCUUGGCUUGAAAUGCAAGAAAGGAGAAGGGAGAGUGAAAAGGAGGAUCAGCAGAGGGAUCUGUACCAACGCCGUAUGAACCCUAAAAGGAGGGAGGACUUCAACCUGCUGUACAAGGCUUUGGAGAUGUGGAGGCUUGAAGAGGAACGCUUGAUAAACUCCUCACAGCAAGGAGCUAAGAGGAAGGAAGCUCUUCGAUUGCUGCUAGAGAAGGAGACGCAGCUCAUCCGUGCUAUUGGCCGCCGUCAGAUUGUCACUCAGACAAAUAACUAUGAAAAGAUGAUAAGAGAUUUCCUGAAUAAGUCUGCUUCACCAUAUCAAUGGCACACAACCAAUAAUCAACUGAUAGAGAUGGACACACUACACACCAUCACAGCUAGAAAGCUGCAAGAUCUUUACAACAACAUCAGCCUGUCUACUGUCAGCAAGAUGCAGAGGCUUCACCUUUUGAUGACACUUAAGGAAACUAUUGAGGAGAACGAGUGUCCGCUGACUCUGGAUAUUUUGGAGUUGAUUGACAGAGAGGUUGACCUGAUGACACGAAAAAUAAAAGCACAGAGUCUUGAUGGUUUAAGGAACAGGAUCUGCACUUUGUUCCUGCAGUACAUAAAAACAGCAGCGUUCAACCCGAUAGUCAGGAAGAUGUUGAAGGUUUAUCAAAGUCCCUCCCAGCUGCAGAAUGAUAUGUUCCUCUGUCACGGCUGUCGCUGUUGUCUGCCUUCUGCUGCUUACAACAUCAGUGGAGGUCUGAGCAGUUGGUGCCAACGUUGUAUCAGCCUUGACAACAUAGCAAGAUCUCGAUUGGAUUUCUCAGUCUACAAAAAUAUCUUGAAGAGGCUGAAGAUCGAUGAGCAGAAAUUAAACAAAGAAGCUAAGAUUCCUUGGUUGCUGCAGGAAGAAGACAUCUGGUAUCUAGUGGAAGUAGUUUGGGCAUCCCGCUCGGCUCUUAAUGGCAAACAUGAUCUCCAUGACUUGGUUUUUGUUCGCUGGGACCUACAAAGUGAUUGGAGCCCCUGGAACUGCUUACUUUUGUCCAAAGAGGAGACAUCAGGUCACUUAGAAGUGAAAGACAUCAAAGAGGUGUAUGAGAAAGUGUUCAUCUGCGAGGUGGAACACAAACAUGAGAUGGCUCGACAACAUUUUAGCCAGAUCUCCAUCUUGGCUGAAUACCUGGACUCACAAUCAGCUGCAGACCCCCAUUCAGUUAGUUCAAAAAUCAACUAAUGAGGAGGGGUGCUCAAACUAACCCAGUUAGAGAAUUUAAUACUCAUGUUUGUCACUUUGAGAAAGGGUCUAAGUACGCUGCUCAAAAAAAUAAAGGGGACACCUAAACAAC